AUGGGGGCUGCAGGACUCCAGUCGACACUAUGGCUCAUCCAACUAAUGCUACUGACCGGCUCACUCUCUCAGACUGUUGCUGCAUCUCACAUUGGCCGAGUGUGUACAACUUGGGGACACUCUCAUUUUAAGACCCUUGAUGGAGAUUUCUUCCAGAUGGUUUCCACGUGUAACCAUGUCCUGAUCUCAGAUUGCAAGAACAUCUAUGAAUCUUUUAAUGUCCAGAUGAGGCGCACUGUAGUCGACGGCAUCCCCACCAUCACCAGCAUCGUCAUGAAGCUGGACGGGUCUGUGGUGGAGAUCAGCCCCAACUCAGUGAUGGUCAAUGGCAAAAUGGUGUCUCUGCCACACGUGUCAUAUGGGAUAUCUGUCAAAGCGACCACAUCUAGUAUCUCUGUUGACGCUCAGCUGGGAAUCUCGGUGAUCUGGAACAUGGAUGACGCCAUCGAUAUUGAAAUCAAUGACAAGUAUCGCAGCCAGACAUGUGGACUGUGUGGAAACUUUGAUGGUGUAUCCAAUGAGUUCAUUAGAGAUGGAGCGGUGUUGUCUGUGACAGACUAUGCUGAGUACUACAAGGUAGACGGACCCACAGAGAGCUGUGAGGAGUCUGACGAUAACCUGCUCCUCAACUGUGACAACGCGCAACUCUGUGACAAGAUCUUCUUCAGUGCUCCAUUCGGAAGCUGCCUGGACCUUCUUGAUGUGGGAGCCUUUAGUAAAGCCUGCAUGGUGGAUAUAUGCAACUUCAGGGAGAAUACUGAGUCUGUUCUCUGCAAAACUAUCUCAGAGUUUUCCAGACAGUGUGUCCAUGCAGGUGGCAACCCUGAGCAAUGGAGAACUGAAAUUUUCUGCUACAAGGAAUGUCCUUACAACAUGGAGUUCUUGGAGUGUACCAGCGCAUGUCCUGACAGUUGCUCCACUCCUCAGGCCAGUCGGACAUGCAACACUCACUGUCAUGAUGGCUGCAGUUGCCCUGCUGGACUGGUCUUUGAUGACAUUGGUAACAGAGGUUGUGUUCCAUACACUGAGUGUCCAUGUGUGCACAACAACAAAAUUUACAAUUCAGGAGAGUUCUACUCCCACCGCUGUGAACUUUGUGUGUGUGAAAGUGGUCAGUGGAAGUGUAGGGAGGAGGAUUGUCCAGGAACCUGUGCUGUGGAAGGAGGGUCACAUAUCAACACUUUUGAUGGAAAAAGCUACACCUUCCAUGGGCAUUGUAGCUAUAUUCUGGCUAAGGGUGCUGACGCUUCAUAUACUGUCUUGGUGGACCUGGAGAAGUGCGGUCGGACUGACAGGAGGACAUGCUUGAGAGCUGUAACUCUGAUUUUACCCGGCAAUUCUAUGGUUGUACGAAUUCUGGCAUCUGGGAAGGUCAAAGUAAACGGCAUUCAUUCUCAGCUUCCGCUGUUUACAUCUGGACUGAGUGUCUUUAGGCAGUCUUCCUUCUAUAUCUACGUAAGCACCAAUGUGGGAAUACAAGCAAUGGUCCAGUUAUCCCCCGUGAUGCAGGUGUUCAUUUCAGCUGAUACGUUCCUCAAAGGAACAACCUCUGGUUUGUGUGGGAACUUCAACGACAAAGUGAUUGAUGACUUCCUGGUGCCGAGUGGACUGGCAGAAGGCACUGCUGCCACGUUCGCCGAUAUUUGGAAAGCCAGAGCCAAUUGCGCUGAUGUCAAAAAACACUUUGAUAAUCCCUGUAGCCAGAGCACAACCACGGAAACUUAUGCCCGGUACUGGUGUUCCAAACUAAGCGAUCCCAACGGAGAGUUUGCUUCCUGCCACUCUGUCAUUAGCCCUAACAAUUACAAAGACAACUGCAUAUAUGACACCUGUAACUGCGAAAAAAGUGAGGAUUGCAUGUGUGCGGCAGUCUCGUCCUAUGUCCAUGCCUGUGAAGCGGCAGGAGUCCACAUCAGUGACUUCCGUGACUGGAGGAAAACUGUUUGCGGAAAAUUUCAAGCAUGUCCAGCAGAAACAGUGUAUUCCUACAACAUGACCUGCUGCCAACGUACUUGCCGUUCCCUCAGCCAGACUGACUAUUCCUGCCAAGCCAACUCCAUCCCAGUGGAUGGUUGUGGCUGUGCCGAGGGAACCUACAUGAAUGAGGAGGGGCGCUGCGUGUCCAUUGACAACUGUCAAUGCUACAGUGAAGACAACAUUCUUUCUGCUGGAGAGAUGAUCAGCAUAGGCAGCACCACAUGUGUCUGCAAACAAGGAGUUCUUCGCUGUUCAGGAGAAACAGAAGCACCAGUCACACUAGAAUGUGUUGCCCCCAUGGUGUACAUCAAUUGCGCCACUGCUCAACCUGGGACCUUUGGGACUGAAUGCCAGAGGACCUGCAGAACCCUGGACAUGCCUUGUAUCAGCACACAGUGUGUAUCAGGCUGCAAGUGCCCAGAUGGCCUGGUGUCAGAUGGAAAAGGAGGCUGUAUUAAUGAGGACAGCUGUCCAUGUGUGCACAAUUCGAAGCUCUACCAGCCUGGAGAGACACUGGUGGUGGACUGCAACACCUGUUUGUGCAGCGGAAGGAAGUUCAGAUGUACCAAAAAUCUGUGUGAUGCAGUUUGUGGAAUCUAUGGCGAUGGUCAUUACAUCACAUUUGAUGAUAAGAGGUUUGACUUCAGUGGACUGUGUGAAUACACACUCCUCCAGGACUACUGUGGCAGUGAUCAGAACAAGGGAACCUUCAGAAUUAACACUGAGAAUGUGCAAUGUGGAAACACAGGAACCACAUGCUCCAAGACAAUCAAGAUCUUUUCGGGGGAUAAUGAAUUCCAACUUAGUGAUGAGAAAUUCCGGGUGAUGAAGGGCACCAUCCAGUUCCCUACUCAAGUGCAAAAAAUGGGUAUUUACUUGGUGGUGACAAUCAAGCCUGGACUUGUGCUCAUGUGGGACCAGAAGACCAGUCUUUUCAUUAAAAUCAGCUCACAAUUCCAGGGUGAAGUCUGUGGUCUGUGCGGAAACUAUGAUGGUAACAGUAAGAAUGAUUUUACCACACGCUCACGUGAGAAAGUGGAAGAUGUUCUGCAAUUUGGCAACAGCUGGAAAGUUUUGGGCAGCUGCCCAAAAGCCACACUUGUUAGUGACCCCUGUACCUCCAAUGCUUACCGGGCAGCAUGGGCACAGAAACAGUGUAGCAUCAUCACGAGUGCCACCUUCCAGAGCUGUCAUUCACAGGUUGACCCUGGUCCAUACCAUGAUUCUUGUGUGAGAGACUCCUGUGCUUGUGACAAUGGUGGGGACUGUGAGUGUCUCUGCACUGCUGUGGCUGCUUAUGCCAAAGCUUGUAAUCAAGCUGGAGCCUGCGUUAAAUGGAGAACUCCAAAGCUGUGCCCUGUUUUCUGUGACUACUAUAACGCCCCUGGUGACUGUGAAUGGCAUUACAAACCUUGUGGUGCUAAUUGCAUGAAGACAUGUAAGAAUCCAUCAGGAAACUGCUCCGCGCUCAUCACUAACCUGGAAGGAUGCUACCCACAGUGUCCCCCAACACAGCCCUACUUUGACGAAGAUACUAUGAAGUGUGUCACCUGGAACCAAUGUGGAUGCUAUGAUGAUAAGGGCAUCCAUUACAGCAUAGGAGCUACGACUCCAUCAAACAACUGCUAUAACUGCUCCUGUACAAUCUCUGGAAUAACAUGCAGCUACGAUGUGAACUCUUGUGCAUGCACGGUUGAAGGAAAAUCAUACAACUAUGGGGAAACCAUCUACAACACAACAGAUGGGCUAGGAAACUGCAUCACAGCUGAGUGCGGGCCCAAUGGAAACAUUACUAGAAUCAUCUACGCAUGCUUAACUUCGACUACCACCAGCCCUACAACAAUCCCCUUUACGUUUAGCACAGUUGGGACAACAACUUCAGGCAUGGAAUCAACAAUAAAAACCACAACUGCAAUCACAUCAAAUACUACUAAACUGACAACUUCAGAGCCAACACCAACACAACCUGGAACAACGAAAUCUAGACUGACAACACAAACUUGGAGUCAACAAAACCUCCAACAAUACUCACUACGGGACCAAUGA